AUGCUUGCCACUGCCUUUGCCGCACCCCGCUUGACGUGGGCAGCGCUGCCCACGAAAAGAGCGCCACCGGUUCGAGCUUCGGGCCUUUCGGGUUCAUCUUCCCCGACAUGGAGCACAGUUGUCGGAUGCGCCGUGGCUGGAGUUGUUGCACGCAAGGUUCGGACAGCGUGCUCUGCUAAGCCAUCUUGGCAGCAGAGCAUGCUUCGCAUCAAAGAUCCGGAGAAGUCACUCGACUUCUACAAAAACAAAAUGGGAAUGCGGCUUCUGGACAAGCUCGAUUUCGAAAGUAUGGGCUUCUCCCUCUACUUCUUAGCCUCUGUGCCGGAGGGUGAGAAGACGCCAGAGCCGGGCUCUGUAGAGGCGCACCAGUACCUCUGGACAUAUCCGGGUACCACCUUGGAGCUUACGCACAACUAUGGCACAGAAGCGGAGGAGGGCCCCAUCUACCAUCCUGGCAACCAGCCCAGGGAGGGGGACAGGCGGGAUGGCUUCGGCCACGUGGCCUUCUCUGUGAACGAUGUCUACGAGACGAGUGCGGCCCUAGAGAAGACGGGAGUGAAGUUCCAGAAGAAGCCCGACGAAGGGAGAAUGAAGGGAUUGGCCUUUGCAUUGGAUCCAGAUGGCUACUGGGUCGAGCUGCUGAGGGGUGGAGCUCCCGGACGCCACACCCUCGCCCAGACAAUGCUGCGUGUCAAGGACCCCAAGAAAUCCUUGGACUUCUACACCAAGCACAUGGGGAUGACGCUGCUGGCGCAUCAGGACUACGAUGACUUUUCUUUGUACUAUCUGGGAACCGUGCCUGAGGGCGCCAAUGAGUUCCCGGAAGGCAGGCCAGUGCUGGAAUUGACGCACAAUCACGGCACAGAAGAUGAGGCCGAAUUCUCGUAUCUGAGUGGGAAUGAAGCGGACAGAAAGGGAUUCGGACAUGUCGGAUUCUUGGUCGACGACGUCUAUGAGACCUGCAAGGGGCUGGAGGCCGCGGGCUACGCGAUGCAGAAGGCCCCAGACGGUGGAUCCAUGAAAGGCCUGGCCUUUGCCCGUGAUCCCGAUGGUUACUGGGUCGAGAUCAUCAAGCGGGGAGGAUACGAUGCAGAAGCCACGCCCUAUUUUUUCGAGAAGGAUGUGUUGAUUGUGUUUGACGAUGCGGACGCCAUUGUGAAGGACGGGGACGACGACGGUGCACAGGCACGAACGAUCCUGGAGUUGCUGCCUAAGCGCAGACAGCUCGCGUUCUUUUCCGUGACCUGGCCGCCGCGUGCUGACCAAAUGGCCUCGAGGCAUCUGCGAGCCGACACCGUCAUCAUACAUGCGGCCUUCGAGUGCUUGCAGAAUGCCGAAAGUCACUGCCUGGAAUCCAGGUUCGUGAGGCAGCACUUCAAGGUUCUUCACCCGCUUGCCAAGCCGGACGCGCUCCGCGAGGCUCUCGGACUUCUGAAGCUGCAAGGUGGCUGUUUGGCCCUUGUUUUCUGCAACAAUGAGGCGACAGUUGAGAAGGUGGCAGAGCAGCUUCAAGGGCACUCGCAAGACUAUGACAUCAUAGCACUGCACGAGCAGAUGCCCUCGGCCGCAGCCUCGGAGCGGCUCCUGGACCGAGAAAGGCCUUCCGUGCUUGUCGCCACCACGAUGCUUGGCCGCGGCUUCCAGUUUCCCAAGGUGAAGUUCCUGUUGAACUACGACAUGCCCACGUCAACUUUCGAGUACUUGCAGAGACUUCGCCUGGCGGCCCGAUCCACCGGUCCUGGCUCAGCGCUGAGCUUCCUCUGCCAGGAGGAUCUGCUGCAGGCGCAGGAGCUCUGCACCCUCCUCAGGCUUUUGGGCCAGGAUGUGCCAGAGAUCUUGGACAAAGCUGCUGCGAAUCGCCGUGCUCUGCUGCAGAGAACGGAUCCCGAAGAGGCCGUCAAGGAGGAGAGGAGGAACCGACACACGGGCUUCUUUGUCCGACGAGGUGGAAUGCGGCGUGGAGCCUCCACGUCGAGCACGGGCAAGAUGCCGAGUGCCUCCAUCAACCUCGAUGGCACCUGGAAGGACUACCGUCCUCUUACGGUCGAAGCGGCUCCGGACAUCGACGUGCCAAGCAGGCAGGCGGCUCCUACUCCCUUGGCCGCUGGGGAGGAUCUGAUUUGCCUCGACUAG